AAAAACAUGAAGUGUGUAAGACGAUUUGUUGGAAGCCAUGCACGAAACGUUGCUGUUACGCCUGAAGAUAAUCUGGGCGGUUUGGAGCUACCUGGAAGUCUUCGGAGACAUGGUGGGUCACCGGAGGACGACGGCAAGCGGUCAAAACUAUUACAUGGCAUUCGAAGGGAUCCGAUACGCCAAGCCACCUGUCGGGGAAAACAGUUUCAGGGACCCGGUGAGUUUUGACUAUUCCGGCAACCUGAAUCGUAAGGUGUACUGCAUGGACGUAGACCCAAAGGACGGUAAAGUGUUCGGUGAAGAAGACUGCCUAUGCUUAAACGUCUACACCCCUGAGCCUUACGUUAAUAAAAGGAUGCCAGUGUUGAUCUGGAUCGAUGGGAAUCUGUACCCCUGGGUGGGUGGCAAGAUCAACUACGAACCUAAACGACUCAUGGACGAAAGGAUGGUCUUCGUGACCAUUAGCUAUCGGAUUGGCCCACUUGGGUUUGCAAGCUUAGAGAAUGUGAAUUUUCGAGGCAACUUUGGACUCAAGGAUCAGGAGAUGGCCAUCGACUGGGUCAUUAAGUACAUACCUAAUUUUGGAGGUGAUCCUAGGAAGAUAACUUUAGGAGGAGAAGGUCUAGGUGCUGCUUUCGUUCUGCACCACAUCAACGGUGUCAUGAAAGCUAGAAUCAAAAGGGGUAUCGCGUUGAGCGGGUCGAGGUUCGCACCUUGGGCUUUCGGGCCGAAGUCAUGGGUUACAGGUCGAACUAUAAAAAUCGGCGAUCCGUUCUACUGUGACUACUUGAACUGCUUCAGAAGAACCAAAGCCGAUGGAUUGGUCCUCGAAUCUUAUAAAAUGAGAAAAGAACAGUUGAUUGAUGCAAAGCAACGCAAUGCUGGUAUUUUGCAGAGAAAUAUGUUCUUGCCGUUCCUACCCGUGGUUGACGGUAUAGUAGUCAAGUUCAACCCUUGGAAAGAUCCGGGCAAGGUUAACUUCUCCCUACUCUUAGGUUUGAAAAAAGACGAAGGAGUAUUCAUGGAUGAAUACGUCAAUAGGUACAACUGGACUGAUGCCAUAGUCAAGUCAAUUUUCAACAGUCGUGUAGACUAUGAAGGUAUGACUGGAAAGCCAUUCGAUAGGAAAGAUUCCACGAAUCGUGAACAACUGGCCGAUUUGUACAAAGAAGAGGAUAGUUUGAAAUCGAAGAACCUGAGGAACCUUGCGGGAGACGGAUGGUUCGUCUUUCCAGCCAUGGCCGAAGCCAAAUACCACGUAGGUUCUUUGACCGGGUUCAUGUUCGAUGACAAAAAUUCCUCGGACGUUUUCUCCUUCACGCAAUACAACCUACCCUUCUUGACGUACAACUGUACAAAAUUAGACGAAGAGUGUGAGCAGACUGCAUCAAAGAUGAUCAGACUCAUAUCAAACUUUGUCCUUCAAAGGGACCUCGAAUUGAAACCUUACUCAGAAGACAAGGAGGUUUUCGACAUCACACAGGCAUUGCUCGUCCCGAGUGGAUUCCAAAUCAUCGAUACAGGGAUAUCAAAAAGAAUGAAGAAAUGGAAAUCUUUACAUAUGCUAAAAUUGCGAACUCAUUAAAAACAAUAUAGACCUAAACAGCCUUUUUUAUUUUCC